GUGCAUUGAAGCUCUAAUCCCGAACCAAUAGCUGGUUCAUUCAUUUGUCCUUCAUUUGAUGAUCAGAAAUCAUGAAGCUUUUUCUCUUUGCUGUAACCACACACGUUCUUUUGUGCCAUGUAAAAGGAAACUGGUGGCAGGAUUAUAAAGAAACCAUAAAGCACUUCAGUCAGGAGACACUUUAUCAGGAGUACCCAGAUAAAGUUCGGCAGCAGGAUUUCCAGCAUCCACCUUUCCAAUGUCCAGAUAUGAGCCCUUCUCCCACUGUACCCACGUCAGUGGAAAAGGUGAAAGCAGCUGACAUUAAAGUCAUUGCCGCUUUAGGAGACUCUCUGACUACAGCCAUUGGUGCCAACGCGUCUACAGUCCUGGGAGUGCCAAUCGAGUAUCGUGAUGUGUCAUGGAGUAUUGGGGGCCAUGGAACAUAUCGUGAUGUUAUCACUCUCGCAAACAUUGUGAAACUCUUUAACCCGGAUGUAAUUUUUCCGGCACCUAAGAGGACCCUGAAUGAUCGUCCUUCAAGUCUUAAUGAGACCGGCUUUAAUUUAGGCGUCACUGGUCACAACACAGUGAAUUUCUCUGAACAGGCCAGGAACAUGAUUGACACCUUCAAAACCUACCCAGGGUUAAACUUUAAAGAGGAUUGGAAGCUUGUGACCAUUUUAAUUGGGAUGAAUGACAUCUGUGAUUAUUGCAAGGACAAAAAAUUGUUCUCACCUGACAACUUCAUCAAGUACCUCACAGCCUCCCUAGAUAUGAUGAUGAAUGAGGUUCCUCGACUGAUUGUGAACAUGGUGCAGAUUUUUACUAUGAAGCCUCUGAGGGAGGUUCAGGAGCCCACCCUAGCCUGCCAACUCCAAAAGAGUUUCUGUUCAUGUUUGGUCAGGCCUGAAGAGAACUCCACUGAACUGGCAGAGCUGACUGAAGUAAAUCUGGAAUUCCAGAGGAGACUGGAGGAGCUGCUGAACAGCGAUCGUUACUUUAAAGAGGAUUUUGCUGUGGUUCUGCAGCCGUAUGCCACAUACGCCCAGCCACCCAGACUAGCUAAUGGCAAAAUCGAUUUUAGUUACUUCUCCCCAGACUGUUUCCAUUUCACCAUAAAGGGUCACGAGGAGCUGGCCAAGGGUCUCUGGAACAACAUGUUUCAACCGCCAGACAAGAAAGAUUUAAUCAAGAUCUUCUCAGAGCCAGUAAAACUCAUCUGUCCGGCAGAGGAGCAUCCUUACAUAUACACCAGACCCAAAGCUCUGUCCUCUGCAAACCAUCUGCAAGUCAUCUGGACUCUUUUAACCCUUACAGGCCUCAUUACCAUCUACAACAACAUACAUUAAGUGCAUUCUUUAUGCUUCAGUCCUGUUUUUACCACAACCUUUUCAACUAUUCUUCAUACGUUUGUAUCGGUCCAUAGAUCGUAAAUAUGGUAUAACAAUCUAUGGUACAUCUUAAAACACACUUGAAGUAUGAAGGGAGGAAUUAUGCAUUUUUAUCUUUCACUUUGAUGAGCUUAUCAUCGAAGCGUCCAUGACUGGAGCAGACUUUUCAGUAGGAUUACACUAUACUGAGUAUAUUUACUAAUUACUCUCAUAAUAACUUACCAGCUAUUUUCCUAAUUCAACUAAUUUGUUGAAUACCGAGUACCGAUGGAGUAAAAGACUAUGUAAAAACCAGCUUCAACAAAAAUACCCACCAGUUCCAAAAUCCAGAAUGUCCAGUUCCUCAUUUUGCCUCAUUUUGUAAAGGCCGUUUAAUAAAAUGAAAACCUGGAUGUCUCUACAAAUCAGGUUUGAGUUUGCCCUUGAACACACUACUCACACAAAUAAAAGCAUAUGAGGUAUGCCAUGUGAGGUGCAAUUUGCCUUUUGUAAAAGGACAUUGCAACCGAAUGCAAUACCUAUUGGGUAAGUCCUGCUUAUUAAGUCUAAAUUCAGGUUGACAGAAACCCUCUUGCCUCUGAGGGUCAUUUAAACGUACAACUCUAAUAAAGUAAUGGAAGGCUCUUAAUAGCAUUGCUACAUUAACAAACCAAACCUUUCAAUGGAAAUGGGGAUUCCUUCAAGAGAAAACAUUGCACUGACAAGGGUGAGAUAAACAAUAAUAUUGAACCACACCCUGUAUUUGUCCUAUUUGUACUUUGGUUUCUGUGAGCUUAUCAUACUCAGGGCUUAUCAUUGACUUGAACUACAUUUCAAAAGAUAAUGUUCAUUCAGUUCUCAUUAUUAAUGCUUUUUUUUUUUUCAUUGUUCUUUUUAGUAUUUACAAUCUCUAAGUGACGAAUUAGUCUGUAAAUGAAUCACGGACUGAUGAACAGACAAAUGAACAGACAUCUAUAAUUGUAUGUACAUAUUUAAUAAGUAUAACAGUGUAUAUCUUUCAAAAAAUACAUCAGCAAUGGCAUGUAUAUAUUCAUUGUGUGUAGAUCAUCAUUUUGAACUUGUAAUGUCAUUAUUGUAAUAAAUGAAUGCACAAUGAUUUUUAAAUGCACUUUUCAAAACUUACUAUGCUACAAAAAUACAGUUACUAUACUAAAGUACAGUGCAUAGUCUAUGAAUAUAGGACUGUAUUCUGAGUUGGCAACUUAAGUCGGUGAUGAAUUUAAAAUUUAUGUCAAUUUUUACAUUAGGAAAGUUACUGGUAUUCAGAUAUUUUCAAUAGCAUCUAAGCAGUAAGGGAUUGAAAAUGUGGAAGGAAAUGAAGAAGGAAAUAAUGUUUUUUUUGUUGUUGUUGUUGAUGUCAUAUAACACAAUUUAAUAUAAAAGCAAGAGACCAUUUAAAACUGAAAAAAUAAGAAGACUAAUACAGAGAUAAGGUAACACAAUGGUGCAGUGUGCCGCAUCACAGCCUUCCUGGUUUGCGCUUGAGCUUGGGUUACUUUCUGUACAGAGUUUCACAGGUUCUCCUUAUAAUUGUGUGGGUUUCCUCCAGGUUCUCUGGUUUCCUCCCACUGUCUGAAAACCUGCAGGUAGGUGGAUUGUCUAUGCUAGAUUUCCCUUGCGAAUAAGUCUGUAAAUGGUGCCCCGUGAUGCUAUACACCAUUACAUUAUUUUUGAUAUCCUGCUAUCCAGUGAAUUUAUCGGAAAGGAAUUACGUCUGGGUGUCAGUUAUCUCUGAUGACCUCUGAAGUGCUUACUCUUUUCGUAAAUGUCCUACACAGCAAAAUCACCAGUGUCGAUUUAACACCCACAGUGUUGCAUUCACAUCCUUCAGUUUUUAGUAACACUCUGGGAGCUAAUUCAACACUAGGGAAUUUACUGAGUACUUUAAAAAUGGCUGUAGUGAAUUCGAUAGCAAAAAGUCUCACUUUGAAUCAUUACCCUCAAUUUAAUGUUUAAAAAAAUGUGUA